CAUGCUGUCUCCCGGGGCUGUGUUCUUCUUCACCCUGCUCCUGGCAGCGGGUUCGCUGGGCCAGAGGGCUCGAAAGCCCCCAAGGCCUCCAUCCCCCAUCAGCACAAUCCAGGCCCAGGCCAGUUUCAGUGCUCAGCAGUUUGCAGGGACAUGGUUCCUUGUGGCUGUGGGCUCUGCCUGCCACUUCCUGCAGGAACAUGGCUACCAGGCUGAGGCCACUGCAUUGCACACAGCUCCCCAGGGUGCAGCCAUGGCUGUCAGCACCUUCCGCAAGCUAGAUGGGAUCUGCUGGCAGGUGCGCCAGCUCUUUGGAGACACAGGGGUCCCUGGCCGCUUCUUACUGCAAGCCCAAGGGACUAGUGGGCCCGUUCAAGUGGUUGUUGCUGAGACUGACUACCAGAAUUUCGCCAUCCUGUAUCUGGAGCGGGCACGGAAGCUGUCUGUGAAGCUAUAUGGUGCGUGGUAGCCCUGGAUCCACACG